CUGCCCCUCACCCACCGUCUUUCUCCUUCGCACCAUGCGAUCUCUCCUGCUGGCACUUCUCGGAGCGUGGGCUGUCCAGCCCACCGCUGCCCAUGUGGCUCAUGCUCGUGAUCAGGGCCAAUGCAAGCAGACCACCGUCGCUAUUCUUGGUGGUGGUAUGGCUGGCAUUGCUGCUGCGCAAGCGCUGCACAACGCCUCGAUGAACGACUUUCUGAUUCUCGAGUACAAUGACCGCAUUGGAGGACGGGCGUGGCACCAGCCGUUCGGCAAGAAGAAGGAUGGCAAGCCGUAUAUCAUCGAAAAUGGCUGCAACUGGGUGCAAGGUCUUGGAAGCCCUGGGGGUCCGCAGAAUCCCGUAUGGACAUUGGCCCAAGUGUACAAUCUCUCGACCACCUACUCCAACUACAGCAACCUGUCAACCUACAACCACAAUGGCUACAGCGAUUACUCCUACCUGCUGGACGAGUACGACGACGCCUACGACACCGCCAACGCCAACGCGGGCGUCAUCCUGACGGACAACCUGCAGGAUUCCACGGCGCAGACCGGUCUUGCAAUGGCCGGGUGGCGUCCAAAGGUGACAGACAUGGAGGCGCAGGCGGUGGACUGGUGGUCUUGGGACUUCGAAGACGCCUACACUCCGGCCGACAGCUCCUUCGUCUUCGGUUGCGCCGGCAGCAACCUGACGGUCAACGGCUUCAGCGACGAAGACAACUUCGUGACCGACCAGCGGGGGUUCAGCACGAUCAUCGAGGGGAUGGCGUCGACCUUCCUCCGGCGCAACGACAGCCGCCUGCACCUGAACACCCAAGUCACCAACAUCACCUACACCGCCACGGGGGUGACGAUCACCACGGCGUCCGGCGACUGCUACCAGGCCGCGUACGCGAUCACCACCUUCUCGCUGGGGGUGCUGCAGCAGUCGGACGCGGUCAGCUUCUCGCCGGCGCUGCCGCAAUGGAAGCAGGAAUCCAUCCAAGCCUUCACGAUGGCGACGUACACCAAGAUCUUCUUCCAGUUCAACGAGACCUUCUGGCCCGCGGACACGCAGUACCUGCUGUACGCCGACCCCGUCACCCGCGGCUGGUACCCGAUCUGGCAGUCCCUCAGCACCCCCGGGUUCUUCGAGGACAGCGGGAUCAUCUUCGUGACCGUCACCCAGGACUUCGCCCACCGCGCCGAGCGCCAGUCCGACGAGCAGACCAAGCAGGAGGCCCUCGCCGUGCUGCGCGCCAUGUUCCCCAACGUCACCGUCCCGGACCCCGUCGCCUUCCACUACCCGCGCUGGUCCACCGAGCCCUGGGCGUUCGGGACCUACUCCAACUGGCCGCCCGCCGUGACGCUGGAGAUGCACGAGAACCUGCGCGCCAAUGUCGACCGGGUGUGGUUCGCCGGCGAGGCCACCAGCGCCGGCUACUUUGGGUACCUGCACGGGGCCUGGUUCGAGGGCCGCGCGGCCGCGCAGGAGGUCGGCCGGCUGUUGCGCGGCAAGUGUCUGGCGGGCAACUACACGGGCAGCUGUGAGGGCCGGAAGCGGUACGAGGUGCUGCAUGGCACGAGUCCGUUGGCGGAUUAUACGGCGGUGGAUGGGUGGACGGCGAAUAGCUUCUACGACUUCAAUGAUGAUUAGUCGUGUCGCCACCGAUGAGAUGAAGGUAGAGGUAGGGAAGUUAGGGGAGUUGUAUAUAAGUUCAUUGUGGUGUGUAUUUAGUAGGGGGUGUAUCUUAUACCACGUCCAUGACACUGUUGACCUCUCACAAGUAACCCGUUGUUGUAUACUGCGUUCACAUCACAUCAAGCUUCAUGACCUUCAUAACUAUAUCCCAUUCCCCUCGACUAUCAACAAACACCACCACCCCACAAACUUCCGUUC